CAGCGCCGCGUCCGUCUCCCCGGGACCCCGCGUUGCCUUGACGACGGAGGGCGCGGUAAACCUGAGACAGCUGCGGCUCUGAGGCUCGGCGGACUGGACCCGGCGGGCGGAGAGCAUGAGGAGCUGCUGCCUGUGUCAGAUCUGCACCUGCGGGCGACAUCACUGUCCACAUGGAACCACUAGGAUUUAUGAAAAUACUGGCGUGUACUGCCCCACAACCGAAUAUUUGGAGAAAUAUCCUACCUAUGGCAGUGUUCUUCCAGCUCAGAGUUUGAAGCCCAAGCAAGAAUUCCGAGCAUACCGUGGUAAAAUGGAAGGAAUAACAACAUUUAAGUCGGAUUAUCGUCCUUAUGAAAUAGUCCAACAGCCUCGCCAUGUACCAGAAGAAUAUAAACCCAAACAGGGGGAGAUUGACCUUGGUACUACCUACAAACACGAUUUUAAUUCUUAUAACAUACAGCCUGUGGCUAUAGUCCGGCCCUUGGAGAGGCAGCAACUUAAAAAAGGAAAGAUGGACACUGUUCCAACCUAUAAAGAUGAUUAUAGAGUUUGGGACCUUCAGAAAAGCGAACUUUAUAAACCGAAACAAGCUUACUAUCCCCCCACUGUGAAGUUUGGAAAUUCGACUACAUUUCAGGAUAAUUAUGUUCCUUGGGAGAUACGGCCGAGGCAGAGCUCUAAACCCAUCUCCGUGGUCCAACGGCCCUCUGUCCCUUUCAACGGUGAUACAAGCCAUCGCCUCGAUUAUGCACCUUAUCAACUAGAAUCCAAGACUGCGCGGCCCAAAGAGGUUUACAAGCCAAGCAACCUGCCCUUUGAGGAUCUCACAACUCACCGAUGUCACUUUCAGGGUCUUGCUGGGGAAACUGCAAAACUCUGCAGACCUGCACACACCAGAGUGACACAAAGCGCCCAGUUUGAAGGGAGCACUGAAUUCCGUGACAGUUUCCCACCCUGGGAAAUCCCACCGCUGAAAGUCAAGAAGGUCCAAGAGUACGUCCCGCCUGCAGGGUCCAUGCAGUUACACAGCACCAGCCAUCUCGACUAUGUUCCGUACCAGGCCACACGUGUCGUCCCCAUCAGGCCCGUUUCUCACAGAAGUCGCCGUUUUCCUUUCCAGGGAAAAAGCACCACGAAGGAAGAUUUUCCAGCAUGGGAAAGUUGUCGUCAAGGACUCAUUAAAAGGCAACAGCAGAUUCCCAACCCAGCUGGAAAAUUUGAUGGUUUGAGCACUUUCAGAUGUCAUUAUGUGCCACAUGAAUUGAUUCCAACGGAGAGCUGCAAGCCUGUAAGUGUUCCUUUGCAGAGUUCUCAUCCAUUUGAUGAUGUCACCAUGUACUCCACCGAGUAUGCACCGAAGAAACAGGAAAUCUGCCCCGCGAGCUAUCCUUCUCCUCCGGGUUAUAUCUUUGAAAAUACUAAUUCCCAAGGUCAUAAGUUCUUCCGCAAGAUUACGCCCACAGUGAAAGCCUUCUAACCGGCAAGUCAUGUUCAAAAGGCAGCUAUCAGGAUGUUGGUUUUCCAAGGGCAACACCGUUUUAUUUUUUAUAGUAGAAAAAAAUUUAUGAGAGCUAACACAAAUCAUUUUUAAUCAAGAAAAUUGGAAAAUUUGUUACAGGAAAUCAGGGUCUUAAAAUUCACUUUUUGUAUUGCUAUGUUAACCAAGAUUGUUCUUUAGUAUGCCUUUCUGAAAGUUGAAUAAUGUACCUUCCCAUCCAAACUAUUUUAAUCCCCCACAUAUUCUUUGGUAGCUUGUCUCCAAUCUAUUAUCACUUAUACUUGAGUUUACAAUUAUGGCAACUGUAUGUAUGGUGAUUCGCAUGCGUUGUCACUUCUGAAGCCCACUGGGACAGUCUCAAAUACCACUGAAAACGAUACAGGGAUUCCUUUUCUUCUACCGAGUGGACAGUGAGUCAAGUUUGGGUGGGUGGUGGGGAAGAUGGUGCACUGCCCUUCAGUGUUCAAAUUAGUACGAGCCACUGAGGUGUGACAAGGAGAGGCUCCGUGGGCUGGGAAUCAGAGGAUCUGAGUUCAAGUGCUAAUGACGUUGGUUUUCAUUGGUACCACCCUAGGCAAGUGACUCAUGCCUGGGCCUCAGUGUCUUUGAUUGUUAAAGGAGAUCUGCCCUGCCUACCUCACAAAAUUUGUGUUUUGCACGUCAGCUCCUAUGAUGCACUGUGAUCACAAAGUCAAACUGCUACACAGAUGUCAGGGAUCGUUAGUGAGUCACUGCAUAUCCUUUUGUACCUGUUGUUUCCUUUUUCCCAUCAGGAUAAUUACCUACUCAGUAAUCACUCCCUUUUGGGCCUUAACAAGGAUUUUAAAAUAGCCUCCUUUGCUUCAAUCUUAUGAGUAGUACAAUUUCUGAGAAGUCUUGCCCUUGAGAUCUUCCACGAGCACCGGAGUUGUUGCUACAGAGAAUGGAGAGCUUGGAAUGGGGGGAAUCAGGUGGUUUGAAUGACAGUAUUUCCAGACAGGAAAAAGCACUGGCUAGAGUAGUUUUAGGGAGGACUGAGAGCACUGAAGAGAUCUUCAGGGUAACCUCAGGUAAUUACACACCUGGUUGCCACGCCCAGAGUCACAGUUCAGAAGACCUGGGCUCGGUGUGGGGCAUAAUGAGGUCCCCAUCCAAGUGGAAAGAACACACUUCAUCUACAAAUUCUGAGAAUUUCCUAAUGAAUCAAACACUUUAGGGUGAGUUUUUUCCCCUUUGAUAAAUGAUUACAUUAUGGGACAGUAUGAUUUAUCAUAAAGUUUAGUCUUUUGUAAUUUUUGAUUUGUUUCAAAUUAUAUAUACUUGAGAAUAAAUCCAUGUAGUUA